CCGCCCGGGGCUGAGGAACCGGAGCCCCCCCGCACCCAGCGUCCCCACCUCGGGCAGCCCCGGGACCCCGCGCCGCCGGCUCCCAGCAGAGACGGUGUUUAAAUGUUUGAAGAAGGAAGUGAGCCCAGAGAAGUGGAAGCUGACCAGAGAAACUUCAGUGUCAUUCAGAAUGAUUGAGGAGAGUGGGAAGAGGAGGAGGACAAUGGCAGAGAAGAGACAGCUGUUCAUGGAAAUGAGAGCACAGAAUUUUGAUGUCAUCAGACUCUCCACGUACCGAACAGCCUGUAAGCUGCGGUUUGUACAAAAACGGUGUAACCUUCAUCUUGUUGAUAUCUGGAAUAUGAUUGAAGCCUUCCGAGAUAAUGGCCUUAACACUUUGGAUCAUAACACAGAGAUCAACGUGUCCCGACUAGAAACAAUCAUUUCAUCCAUCUACUACCAGCUAAACAAACGCCUUCCUUCUACUCACCAGAUCAGUGUAGAGCAAUCCAUCAGCCUCCUCCUCAACUUCAUGAUAGCAGCAUAUGACAGUGAGGCCCAGGGGAAGCUGACAGUGUUCUCAGCCAAAGCCAUCCUGGCGACCAUGUGUGGGGGGAAGAUGCUGGACAAGCUGAGAUAUAUUUUCUCACAAAUAUCAGAUUCGAAUGGACUAAUGAUAUUUACAAAGUUUGAUCAGUUCUUGAAAGAAGUCCUAAAGCUCCCAACAGCUGUGUUUGAGGGGCCUUCCUUUGGAUACACAGAGCACUCUGCACGGACCUGCUUCCCACAGCAAAAAAAGAUCAUGCUAAACAUGUUUUUAGACACGUUGAUGGCUGAUCCACCUCCCCAGUGCCUUGUGUGGCUGCCUCUCAUGCACAGACUUGCCCAUGUUGAAAAUGUCUUCCAUCCCGUGGAGUGCUCGUACUGCGGGUGUGAGAGCAUGCUGGGGUUCCGGUACCGCUGCCAGCAGUGCCACAACUACCAGCUCUGCCAGAACUGCUUCUGGAGGGGCCAUGCCAACGGGCCUCACAGCAACCAGCACCAGAUGAAGGAGCACUCCUCCUGGAAAUCACCUGCAAAGAAGCUGAGCCAUGCAAUCAGUAAAUCCCUUGGCUGUGUCCCCAGCAGAGAGCCACCUCGGCCCGUGUUCCCUGAGCAGCCAGAAAAGCCCCUGGAUCUUGCCCACAUAGUUCCUCCUCGGCCUCUGACCAACAUGAAUGACACCAUGGUGACCCACAUGUCCUCUGGAGCACCUACACCAACAAAAAGUGCCAGGUUACAGAGCAGGCCCGAGGCUGACGAGCACACCCUGAUAGCCACCUACAUCACCCGGCUGCAGAGCAGGGCACGCAGUGUCCUGGAGAGCCCGGGCCGGCUGGAUGAGGAGCACAGGCUGAUCGCCCGCUACGCCGCCCGCCUGGCAGCCGAGGCUGGGAGCACACCUCGCCCACCAGCAGACCUGGGGUUCAGCUUUGAUGCCAACAAACAACAAAGGCAGCUGAUAGCAGAGCUGGAAAACAAAAACAGAGAGAUUCUCCAAGAAAUUCAGCGCCUGAGGCUGGAACAUGAGCAAGCCUCUCAGCCCACCCCCGAGAAGGCUCAGCAGAACCCAACGCUCCUGGCUGAGCUUCGGCUGCUACGGCAGAGAAAGGAUGAGCUGGAGCAGAGGAUGUCAGCACUGCAGGAGAGCAGGAGGGAGCUGAUGGUGCAGCUGGAGGGGCUGAUGAAGCUGCUGAAGGCCAUUGCCUGUGGAGGCACACACCGAGGAGGAGCUCCACACGCAGAUUACUCAAAGGGGCGCAGGCUGCGGGCUCAGCACACUCCUCGCCCACGCAGAGCCACCCCAUGCCCAUGCCGCUGAGAUCCACACC